AUGGCGGCGCUCGGCGUCCUGUGCCUGCUGCUCGGGGCGGCGGCCGGGCCGCGGGCGGCGGCCUCGGGCGAGGAGUUCUGGCCCGGCCAGUCGGCGGCCGACAUCCUGGCGGGGGCGGCGUCGCGCCGGCGGUACCUCCUGUACGACGUCAACCCGCCCGAGGGCUUCAACCUGCGGCGGGACGUGUAUGUCCGCGUGGCUUCCCUCCUGAAGACGCUGCUCAAGACCGAGGCGUGGGCGCUGGUGCUGCCCCCCUGGGGCCGCCUCUACCACUGGCAGAGCCCCGACCUCCAGCAGGUCCGCAUCCCCUGGGCUGAGUUCUUCGACCUCCCCAGCCUGGAGCGCAACAUCCCGGUGCUGGAGUACGAGCAGUUCAUCGCGGAGUCCGGCGGGCCCUUCAUCGACCAGGUGUACGUCCUGCAGGGCUACGCCGAGGGCUGGAAGGAGGGGAGCUGGGAGGAGAAGGUGGACGCGCGGCCCUGCAUCGACGCGCUGCUGUACACGCAGGACAAGCACGAGUACUACAGAGGAUGGUUCUGGGGCUACGCAGAGACCCGGGGGCUGAACGUGUCCUGCCUGUCCGUGCAGGGCUCCGCGUCCAUCAUGGCGCCCGUGCUCCUGAGGAACACGUCUGCCCGGUCCGUGAUGCUGGACAGAGCCGAGAACCUGCUGCACGACCACUACGGGGGCAAGGAGUACUGGGACACCCGCCGCAGCAUGGUGCUGGCCCGGCACCUGCGGGCCGCCGGGGACGCCUUCCGGAGCCGGUACCUCAACUCCACGGACGCCGCAGACGGGAUCCCCUUUGAGGAGGACUGGACCCGCAUGAAGGUCCAGCCUGGCUCCUCGCGGGGCGGCCCGUACCUCGGCGUCCACCUGAGGAGGAAAGACUUCAUCUGGGGCCACAGGAAGGACGUGCCCAGCCUGGCUGGCGCCGCACGCCAGAUCCGCAGCCUCCUGCAGGCCCACGGACUGGACAAGGUGUUCGUGGCCACGGACGCUGUCAGGACGGAGCAGGAGGAGCUGCGGCGGCUGCUGCCCGAGAUGGUGCGCUUCGAGCCGGGCCACGCGGAGCUGGCGCUGUACGGGGAUGGCGGCGUGGCCAUCGUGGACCAGUGGGUCUGUGCCCACGCCAGGUUCUUCAUCGGCACCUCGGUCUCCACGUUUUCUUUCCGGAUUCACGAGGAGAGAGAAAUCCUGGGGUUGGACCCCAAGACCACGUACAACCGCCUGUGUGGCGACCAGGAGGAGGACUGCGAGCAGCCCACGCGCUGGAGGGUCGUGUACUGAGGUGUGGGGCGCACGAGCCUGGGCCAGGCCGUGGGCCAGGCAGUGGUUUCUGUCGGGUUUGUAGCUGUAGGCGCCAGGCGGUUUUCGGGGCUUCCCAAGGUUCGGCGUGCUGGACAGCGGCGGGGCCGUGCGGGGCAGCACCUGUGCCAUCCGGGGCCCUCUGCUCCCAUGCCCGUGGCCACGGAGCCCGGCCUGGGGCCUGCUCAGGGCCACAUGCCUGCGUUGGGUCAGGGCCGGAGUCCGGGCGGGCCGGCGUGCUGUUGGGAGAGGCCACGCUCCCGGCCGCCCCAUGAAGCCGGUCCUGGACACAGCAGGGCCCUGCCACGGGGCCCAGCACGCACGUCCCACUGGCCUGGGACAGCGCCCGAGUGGCGGAGCUGACCCAAGGGCCGCGGGCAACAGACCGGCGCCGCCUCCGCAGUGGGCCCUGAGCGUGGGUGGGGCCAGGAUCAGUUCUCCCUUUGUAACUCAGACGCAGUCAAUAAAUUUUAUAGAAAACUGGAACCUGCCGGCCUGUGUCC